UCUGGUACUAACUAAUACCUCAUCACCAAACAUGGGAUGAAAUACUUUCUUCAUUCAUUUUGGAACUAUUUAUCCCUUAUGCUUCACAGCAAAUAGCCCCAAGUAUACAACUUACUAGGCUAGAUUUUAUAUAAAACAACUAAAGCUAUCAAAUAUUAUGUUAGCUUUAAGCAACCAAAUGGCCCUCUAGGCAAUUACCUCUCUCAAAACAUUUGUUAAAUAUUUUGGGCCUCUCUCACAGGGUCCGUUUAUGGUUUUACGAGAUAUUGCCGAAUCUAUUUAACAACAUUGCGGGAGUAUUACUGCCAAUACUUGUAUGGUUUAACAUUAUAAUGAAAUGCCUCUUGCAUUGACUUGAUCAAAUUAUUUGAAAUGGAUUCCACAGACCCGCGUUGCAUACAUGCACAAGCCAUCACAACAGGCGCCGCGAAAGCGAACCGUGCCGUCCUGAACAACCUCAUCACUCUCUACUCCAAAUCCAAUCUCCGUCCAGACGCCGUCCGUGUUUUCCAGUCAAUCCCAUCACCCAAUGUCGUUUCAUGGACAGCUCUCACGUCAGCAUUCUCCAAUUCACCGCUCUCCUUUCACCAUUUCAUUUCCAUGCUCCGUCACCCUUCAAGAAUCCUACCCAAUGCGCAUACGCUAACGUCACUGCUCAAGACAUGCGCCACUCUUCCUGCGCUCGCGUUUGGGGUGCAGCUUCAUUGCAUCGCUGUCAAAUUGGGUUUCUGUUCCGAACUGUUUACGGGGUCGGCUCUUGUGUCGUUGUAUUUUAGAAAUGGGUUGUUGGAUGAUGCGAAGAAGGUGUUUGAUGAAAUGUCUGUCAGAGAUGCGGUUUGUUUUUCGUCGGUUAUUGUUGGGUUUGCUCAGAAUUCUAAGCCUAUUGAUGCUUUGUCGUGUUUUGUUGAAAUGAGGAGGAGUGGGGUGAUGUCUACCAUGGUUAGUGUUUCUGGGGCUUUGCGGGCGGCUUCUGAUAUGGCCAUGCUUGAACAAUCUAGGAUUAUUCAUGGGCAUGGGGUGGUAACGGGGCUUAAUUUGAAUGUUGUUGUAGGUAGUGCGUUGAUUGAUGGGUAUGGGAAAUGCGGGCUUGUGGGGAACGCUCGUGUCGUGUUUGAUGAGCUAGAAAUGGAACUCAAUAUUGUUGGGUGGAACGCGAUGAUGGCAGGGCAUGCUCAACAAGGGGAACAUGACAAUGUCAUAGAGCUUUUCACUAGAAUGGAAGAACGAGGAAUGGUGCCGGAUGAGUACAGUUUCUUAGCUACUUUGACGGCAUUUUACAAUGCAGGUUUAGUUGAAGAGACUGAGAUAUGGUUCAGGAGGAUGAAGGAAGAGUAUAGUUUAGAGCCGUGUCUUGAGCACUAUACGUGUUUGGUGGGUGCAUUGGGAAAAGCAGGGUGUCUGGAGGAGGCAGAGCGAAUUGCUUUAACCAUACCUUUUAAGCCGGAUGCAGCUUUAUGGCGUGUAUUAUUGUCUAAAUGUGCAUAUCACGUGAAUAUGGAUAUUGCAUGGAGGAUGAGUGAUAGGUUGUUGGAGAUUAACCCAAUGGAUGAUUCGGCAUAUGUGAUUUUGGCAAAUGCUUAUGCGAGUGCAGGGAGAUGGGAUGAGGUGAGGGAGGUGUGGAAGAGAAUGAAGGAUAAGAAAGUGAGGAAGGAAGGUGGGAGGAGUUGGAUUGAAGCGCUGGGAAAGGUUCAUGUGUUUUUAGCUGGUGAUCGGAGGCACGAGAGGACCGAUGAGAUUUAUGCCAAGUUAGCAGAGUUAAUGGAGGAGAUUGAGAAACUGGGUUACGUACCUGUGUGGGCUGAAAUGUUGCAUGAAGUGGAGGAGAAGGAGAAGAAAAAAGCACUUUGGUAUCACAGUGAGAAGUUGGCAUUGGCAUUUGGGUUGUUGAAUGGGACAGCACCACCUGGUAAAGCUUUGCGGAUUGUGAAGAAUUUGAGAAUUUGCAGAGAUUGUCAUGAGGCAUUUAAGUAUAUUAGUAGACUUGUUGAGAGAGAGAUUAUCGUGAGGGAUGUUAACAGAUACCAUAGGUUCUUGAAUGGAAGCUGCAAUUGUGGAGAUCAAUGGUGAAAUUUUUGAUAAAGGAGAUCAAUGGUAAGUUAUUUUGAAGAAGACCUCAAACUGACCUGUUUAUUGGAACUGAAGUUGAGGUUUCAAAUAAUUCGAGGUGUAUGCUUAAAGACAUUGUUUACCAGUUUCAGUAUGCUGGUACUGACUUGCAUAAUUAAGGCCGUCUUGCUCUGCAGACUGCAUUCACCUAAUAAUGAUAGCAUACCCAUCGGAAGUGGAAGGGCUUGCAGCUCAACUCCUUAAAGUUCUGGACAACAUACGAUUUGUGCUUCUAUAAUCUCACGACGACUGGCUCUUUACUCAAUGGAAGUGGGACCAGAAUAGGUAGUUAAUCAAGUAAAAAACCUCGUCUUGAAGCUCUCUCUCCUCUGGGAGAGGGAGCUGUAGGUGCCCUUUACCUGUGGGCAAAGCUGCCAGAUAAGUACGUGGACGAGUUUACAGCAGUUCACUGGCUAGCUUAGAGGCAUGGCGUAGUCCUGAUCCCGGGAAGUUCCAGCGGUUGUCCAGGUUUUGUUAGAAUCUCCUUCGGAGGAUUGAUUGAAAAGGACUGUAUAGUGGCUGCGGAAAGGCUCGGAAAAGGUUUGGAAGAGUUAGUGGAAUGGAUUCAUGAUUUUGUCAGAGUAAAAUUGAUCUUCAUUCAAUUGAAUUGAACAUGGAUCAUUCCAAUAAUAGCUACAAUUGGGCUUAUCAAUCUGGUCGUUCGUGAGGUCAAAAAUGAAUCUCAGUUGAUGAAAGAAAAAAACAAGAAACUCCAACAGCCUAGAAGAAAUACUUCCCUUCGGAGGAGUAUUUCUGGGCUGUUUAGUAUGUCGAUCAAGUCGACCAACCUCAGAAUAUGAAUUAGACAAGGAAGGACUUCAUGAAAUCGAGAAACUAGCAGAGGCAACAGUCCAAGCCUUGGGAGAUAGCAGGUAGUCGAGGUGCGCCCCCAAACAUAACUAACUAAAAAGAGAGGAGAAACUAGGCCCAAGAUACAAUUAUCCACAGUUCUACUACAUUCCAAUUAGUUUAGGCAAGUUGUAUUCUGCUUUCGCACUUAUCGUCAGAUUAGAUUCCGUAAUAUUACAUCAUAAUCUGCUUUAAUUUGUUUGCAA